AUGGCCGACCUUGAGCGGUCGGUCCUCGACUUCUACCAAAUUUCGACUCUUAAUCCCGUCCAAUGGCCGACUGAGAAGGACAACGAGAGUGAUGCAUCGGACGAGGAGACAGUCAAGAAAAAGGCCAACCGCCGAAAGUCGAGAUACCAGGCCUUGGAGAGGGCGGUAGGCACCCGGGCCAGCUUUGUUCCGGGGUCCCAGAGCUCGGGUAGCGGGGUUGCCAAUCUGGUGCAGAAGGACGAGCCAGAUCCCUUAGGAACGACAGAGAGUGUGGUUCGAACGUUAAAGCAUCUCGGGGUACCACUACAAGAUGAUGUUAGGUUGCGUAACCGAUUUCUGCUAUCGUCGACGACUUUCUCGCCGGCGCUAUUCCUCUCGCAGAUGCAUGCGACGGCCGAUACACAGUCCCUAGUUAGCGGUCUCGACCUGUUGUCCCGAUCGAUCGAUCAAAAAUCAGCAUCGCUCAAAGUUCUCGUGGAGUCUAAUUUCGAGCGGUUUGUUCGUGCCAAAGCGACCAUCGACAAUGUCUACAAGGAGAUGAAGUACCGGGGGGCGGACCCGACACCGCAUCCUCGGGCCCGUAACCACUCUCGACACGCUAGCAGGAGUAGCUUUCGGAGUACCAGCGGCCCCCCGCCUUUGGUCAGCCCGCACUCGCCCGCGGCCGAUCCCCGCAAGAAGAAUGCGCUCAUCAAGGAGAGCGAAUAUGGCGUGCUGGGAGUAAAGGCACCUCUUCUCGAUGUCUCGGCAAAGGCAGAGGAUGUAUGGGGUCCCGCCCUCGGGGGACGGGAGAAGGAGGAAAAUCUCAAGACAGUUGCGGCUUCGCUCGACCAGUACAAAGAGUACGUCGAGGCCAGUGCGGCAAUAGCGGACAGCAUCAAACGCAAGGAUCACGAGACACUGGUGGAGGAGUACACCAAGGCACGGAAAUUUGCGGAUGAGGCGAGGCAGCUGGCCGAGGAGCUCAAGUCAUCGCAGCCCACCGUUGACCAGUUGCAUCGCAUCGUCCUCGCAGCACGUAUGUGGCAUGACGUUGAGGAGCAGAUACAAGUGCUUAAGCGUGACAUUUGGCGACGGCUUAUUUCACCUUAUAACAUAACCAAGUCAGACACGCCUGGGCAAUCACAAGACGAACAGCACAUGGAACUCAUUACUUUGCUUUUAGAGCUUGGUGUUGAGGACAACCCCAUCUGGGUCUGGCUGUUGAGCCGCUACGAUUAUCUGAAGAGCAAGAUCCAAUCCACGGCGGAUCGAUCCAAAGUUGAGAUCGAAAUUCUCCGGCGCCGGCUUGCAAACGCGGAGAAACCGGAUCCGCAGACUAUUGCUAGCCACAUGCGGACUCUGGGGCGACAGUCGAUCGAAAUGAUGUCCAAGACAUUCGAUUUGUCCGAUGUCAUCGAGCUCUGGGAGAUGAACGUUAGUUUCCUCAACACCCUCCUUUCAUCCCAGGGCAUUCUAGGCGAGGUCCUCGAGUUUUGGCAAACUGUACAAGGCUUCAUCGAUGGUAAGGCGCAGAAGAGCAUGCCGCUUGGCUACCGUGGGGAGUCUGAGAACCACCACCGGCUUUCCCAACAGGGUACUUCUGAUCUUCAAAAGGGGACUGUCGAGCUUGUCAGCAUGAUACGGGACAAUGUUCUUAUGUUCUUUGCGGGCCCGCCCCCGGAAGAUAUUUCUUUACUCUUUUCUCCCAUGCCACCCCAGUCUCCAGCAACCCCUGGUAACGGGUCUGUUUCCGGCUCGUUGACACCACGAGAUCCUCGCUUCAACCUAGAUCCCAACAACCCUCCCCCGCCCUCACCAAAGAGAGGAGAGGCCUGGGAAAAGUUUGCAUUUUGGCCGCCUUGGUCCAACUCCCUUAGCGGUGUGCACUUCCUUUCCAAGAUGCUAGCACUUGUGGGAAGCGGGGCCUCGGACAUGGCGUCGAUCGCCCCCGUAGGGAACGGCGAUGUUGCCGAAGUCGAGCGAGUCAAGACAUUAGUCGGGGUCGCGCGAGAGAGAUGCGUGACAGCCCUAUGUGCGGCGUGGAAUAGGGACGCGGAGAACAUUAAGUUUGUGGAGGACUGGAACCGGUCGCCGGACACCCGCGACGUCACCAGGAUGCCUACGAGCUUUGCUGCGUUUGAAGGCGCCCUACUGAGCGGCAUGCAGAAGAUCCUGUACAUUUCUGAAGCCAUGUCGCGGCCGGGUGCUGGGGAUAUUGUCCUCCCCCCGCCGACCAAGCUGCUACAGAUGGUGCGUAGCCAGUAUGUGACUACUCUCUACAAGGCCCUUAGUGGGAUGGUUGAGAAUGCGGAGCGGUUUCCGAAGAAGGCCGGUGACGAAUGGACGGUCGAGGGAGAUGGCUAUGUUUUGGCCACCAACCCAGCGGUCUCGCAGAUUCCACCGUCGGCACUUGGUGGGGGGACAAUUGAUGCAGGCGACAGGAACGUCCGCAUGCUCCUAACACUAAGCAAUCUCCAAGCACUGCGCGCGACUGUCGUUCCGUCUCUCAACACUCAGUUUGAAAACGCCUUCUCCGUCAAGCUCACUGACGAGACCAAGACCAUCCGCGAUGUGCUCUCCCAAAUCGAUGCCCGUCUGUUCCAGUCCUACACACGGCCGUCGAUCGAAUCUCUCCGGCGCAUCAUCCGCGCAGGGGUUAGCUCACCCGACUGGGCCCCUGCCGCGGGCAGCCGGCCGCGCUCGGUACGCCCUUACGUGUAUGAGGCUCUCCUCAGCCUCGUCCUCGUACAUACCCAAGUCUCCACGACCGCGGCCUCCCUCACCUCCGAAGUCCUUUCCUACCUUCUCGAGCAAGCCUCUCGUGAGCUACUCGACGCUUUCCAAACUCGGCCCCGGUACGAUCUAGAAGCGCUGAUGCAGGCAACCCUGGACGUCGAGUUUGUCGCUCAAACCCUGGGUCACUAUACCACGGACCGUGCGACGGAGCUGCAGAGUUCUAUCUACCAGGAGCUCGAUAGCCGCACCGACAACGAUGCGCGUUCUCGCCUCCAGGGGGAGUUGCCUGAGAUGCGUGCGGUGCUGAAGAGGCUACGGGAGGCGAGCAAGGGCGAGUUCGCCUGCUUUCGGAAGCCGAAGCGGUCGGCGGCAGCACCAGGGCCGGGGGCCCUCGAGCGGCGGGAGACGGGAGGGAGUGUAGCGAGUGACCGGGAGAAGUGA